AGAGUGUGUGAGCAGUGCUAUUGCAAUCCCCCUGGCAAGCCAAAAGAGAAGCUCGACUGGGCGGCCUGACUGGACCUGUGUUGUAGUUGGCUUUACCUCUGGUUAUGUUCGCUUUUACACAGAGAGUGGGGUUCUGCUGCUGGCUCAGUUGCUGCAUGAGGACCCUGUUCUCAGACUCAAAUGUCGCACCUAUGAGAUCCCUCGCCAUCCUGGAGUAACUGAACAGCAUGAGGAAUUGAGCAUUCUCUACCCGGCUGCCAUGGUUACCAUAGAUGGUUUCAGUCUUUUUCAGUCUUUGAGAGCUUGCAGGAACCAGGUGGCAAGAGCCACAGCAGCAGGCAGUGAUGUGGUCCCGCCUCCUCCUCUGGCCUACAAGAAGUGGGGCCUGCAGGAGAUGGAUGCCAUUGUGGACCACAGCAGCAUAGGUGUUAUGACUCUGUCUGUUUUUGACCAACUGAAGAAUGCGUCUAUCCUUGGAGGGUAUAAUGCAUCAGUCAAGGGUAGCCCGCCUGCAAUGAGCCAGUAUGUCACCGUAGGAACUGGGCCAUUCACCGGCUUUUACUAUGCUGUGGAGGGAAGCUCCCAGCCUCUUCUGUCCCACGUGGCCAUGGCUGUAGCGAGUAAACUCACCUCAGCUCUUUUCAGUGCAGCCAGUGGUUGGUUAGGAUGGAACAAAAGCAAAAAUGAAGAAGAUACUGCUCCAAAACAAAAGCCAAAAGUGGAGCCAGCAACCCCUUUAGUGAUCAGAUUUGGUCUGCCAGAUUCCCGACGCCAUGGCGAGUCUAUAUGUCUGUCCCCAUGCAACACAUUGGCUGGAGUAACGGAUGACUUUGGUCGAGUCACACUGCUGGACUUGGCCCGGGGCAUUGCUAUUCGCAUGUGGAAAGGAUACAGAGAUGCUCAGUUGGGUUGGCUGCAGGUUCGUGAGGAACGUGGCGAUCGUGAUUUCUCUCCCACUGGCUCCAUGCCCAGACGCAAUGCUUUGUUCCUUAUCAUCUAUGCCCCCCGCAGAGGAAUCUUAGAAGUGUGGGCCAUGCAGCGAGGCCCUCGAGUAGGGGCUUUUACUGUGGGCAAACACUGCAGGUUACUGUAUGCAGGCUACCAUCUGAUGGGAGUGAACAGUGUGACCAGUCAGGGCUGGCAGCUUCACACACAACAGGUGUGUCUGCUUGAUCCCAGCACAGGAGUCCUGAGGACAGUCAACAUCCCCUUCCACCUCGCCCUCAGUGACAAAAAAAGUGAACAAGCCAAAGACAUGCAUCUCAUGAAGAGACUCACCUCUGUACUAAAAAACAGAGAUCUGGAUCCUGAGACUUUGGAGAGUGAAGCAAGAAGUGUUCUGAUGGAAAUCAAGCAUCCUGCAAUCAAGAAGCAGGCUUUGGAAUCUCUGCUGUCCAACAAGAAUAUUCCUGCCUCCUGUCUCACCAACAUCAUGUGCGCCCUAAACUAUGCAUUGAAGCAGCAAUCUGCCGAAGAAGUUGAUGCUUCACUGAUGCAGCUGUGCUCCUCACAGCUAAAACUGCUCCAGCUCUACACUAACAUCCAGAAGCUGCAGUCUUCUACGCUCUCUGAGGCCUGUUCUGAAAAUGAUAACCUGGAGGACAUUGAGAAAGAGCUUCUCCAUGUGUUACCUAUACUGCAACAUUAUGCAGAGUUUGCUUCCAAGCCCAGCGUCUCCUUUGCCCAGGACUUGCCCAGCUCACCGCUCCCUGUCCAAGCUUUUCUCUCUCACAUGGAGUGUGGCGAGGAUGGAGAGGUGAAAGUGAUUCGUAAGUCGGAAACCGAGUGGAACCAGCUUGGAUACUUCUUAUUCUGGGAUAGUCUUUGUGGGAGGAGCCCAAACCAUCAGAUCUGUGACAUUCUGCAUCAGGCGGGCAUCCGCCCACAGCAGUUACUGUCUUUGCUGCUGUGUGUGUGGCUGCAAAUGGAGAAAGAGGUGCUUCAGAGACCAGUGGAAACGGUUAAAAAUCUGCAUACACAACUUGUUGCUCUCAGUUGCAUGAAAGGUACAGUUGAGGACUCCUGGGACCCACAGUCGAUCUCCCCCUGGUGGCAGCAAGUCAGACACACAUGCGUCCAGUCCCACAAUGCUGCUGCUGCUUUGUUGGCUGCAUUAGUUGCCCACCAUGCAGCCAAGGCGAGCAUCACUAGCCUGGCUGACAGACGGCUGCAGUCAGAGUGGGAAGCAGUUUCACUAGAGCUGGAGCAGUGGGCAGUGUGUGUUCGCCAGCUGGAGGAUGUGCUUGUGCUGCAGACUCUGCUUAUGAUUCCAUCUCUUCAGGGAACAGCAGGGGGCGCCCCAGUUCAGUGUUCUAUCAAAACACUGUUGGAGGGGGGCACAGGAGGUAUUGCAGACACCGUCUCCAAAUGGGUGUUCAGGCAAAACAUGGCUCCCGGACGACUGAAUGAAAUGAUCCUCCAAAAGGAAGAGUUGAAGGAGAAAGAGGAGGUAGGAGAAAAAGAACAAGGGAAGAAGGAAAAGGAACCAGAGGAAAAGAUAGCAGAUCUCCUGCUGUCAGUGUGUCAGCGGUUCCCACACUCCCUGUCCCCUGCUCUCCUCUUUGCUCACUGCUGCUGGGAGUAUGUGGUUCAGUGGAACAAAGACCCAGAGGAAGCGAGAUACCUGUCCUGGGCUGUGGAGCAUUUGAAACUGGUCUCCAGUCCUCAUAUUCAGCUUGGUAUUUCCACCAUGAUGUGGAGUACAUUUAUUGUCAAGCGUUUCUCAGCAGCUGCCUUUCUCAUGGAAAAGGUUGGGAAAGCACCCAAAGAUCGCUUAUGUCGACGGGAUGUCGGGAUGGGAGACAAAGCCAUGACCUUUUUCUUGAGCUGCUGUGUCCAGCUGCUGCAGAUCCUCAUGGAGGCAGAUUCUGCCGUGCAGGAGCUUUCUGCUCCACUGCUGUCUGUGGAGGAAGUGUGGACUGGAGCCAGUGGACCUGCAUCCAUAGCUGAACUGGCCCUGGAGCAAAGAGGAGUCCACUAUCCACUGGUCCAGCAUCAUUGUCUGUUAGCUUCACUGCUACAUGCUGCAAUGACCUUCAGUGUCAAGGUUAAACCGCUCAGCCUGUUUGACAGCAAAGGUAAAAACGCUUUCUUCAGAGAGCUGACGACCAUCCAGCUCAUGCCCAGUGGAGACAUGGACCCCAGUGUGGUCUCACUGCGUCAGGAGUUCCUCUUUCGGGUGCUGACCGGCUGGGUCCAGGCCAUAGACGACACGUCCACCUCGGCCUCUUCCAGCUCUACGACCCUUCCUUCCUCUGGACCCAAAGCUGACUGGUGGCCCUCUCUAUGUCUUGAACUUGGGAGCCUUCUACAGGUCAACCCAGACAUCCUGCGACGACACCUUGUUUGUGAACUCUACAACCAAGGCCUGGACCUGCGUGCUGAAGAGCUGACAUUAGAGGUGGAGGAUAAAGAUGUGUUGGGCUCCCAGCUGUUGGUUCUGACAGGUCAGAGACUCAGUUAUUCUCUGCUGCAUAGCCAGAGCCAGACUCAUGCUGCCAUGGAGCUGCUGGCCCGCCUGCCCCCCACCCUCUGCACAUGGCUGAAGGCAAUGGACCCCAGUGAGCUGCGCUGCCCCCUAGUGCCUCUGUCCCAGACCAGCCGUUUGGUGAGCCGCCUGAUUGAGAUCCUGCCAGAAAACCAUGCCCAGUACUCUCUGGCCUUGCACCUCCUGGAGGCUGUGGACGUCCUCACCACGGAGGAGGACUGAAGCAGCAGGAAGAGGCUGUCCUGGUGUCUUGAUGGAGGUUAUACAGUCAUCCUCAUCAUGUCUCUGUCAUAGAAGCUGCUUUUAUAAGGUUUUACGUCAUCAAAUUGUUGUGCAUGAAUCAUAAGCUGGAUUGAUUCUGUGGGUUAAAAAGAACAUUGUCAGGUUCUGUUUUGAAGGUAAUAAGACUUUCUGUCCUUCAAAAAUCCUCUUUUGUGCCACAUGAGUUUUGUUUCUCAGCUCUCUAUUAGUCAACAGAUGUAAAUAAAAAAGAGCCUUAUUUUUACUUUGCCUGUCCUUCUAUGCCCAACUGCUUUCACUGGCUUUACUAAGAAAUAAAGAGGCUAUGAUAAACUGUG